AUGGCGGAACUGAAACUAUUUGGUACGUGGUUUAGCCGAUUUGGCCAAAGAAUUGAGAUUGCCUUGAAACUUAAGGGCGUCAAAUAUGAAUUCAUAGAAGAAGACUUGAACAAGAAGUCACUGUUGCUGCUAAAGUACAACCCAGUUUACAAGAAAAUUCACGUGCUACUCCACAAUGGCAAGCCAAUUUGUGAGUCUUUGGUGAUUCUUGAAUACAUUGAUAAAACAUGGGAAGGCCCUUCCAUUUGGCCAAGAGAUCCUUACGAAAAAGCCACCACAUGCUUUUGGGCUAAGUUCUUUGAUGAGAAGUUUGGAAUUCUCCAAGAAUUGGCAGGACUGCAAGUAUUCACAAAAGAGAAAUUUCCCAAUGUAGGUGAAUGGAUUGAUGAAUUCCAUAAUUGCAGUAUUAUAAAGGAAAAUCUACCGCCCGAAGAUAAGUUAGCUGCGCAUUUUCAAGCCCAUUUCCGAGCUGUUGCUGCUUCCAAAUGA